AUGGAAAGAGAAGGUUUGUCCGACUCAGAGCCACAAAGAGAAGUCGUCUUGUUCGACAGAGCUGACAAAAAUAGAGACGGUCAACUAACACGCUCAGAACUUGACAAUGUGUACCUGCUUUUUGACGUUAAUCAUGACCAUAGCAUUACAUCUGCGGAAUUUACGAAGGACUGGGUUGUUACAUAUGCAAUCGGAAACGGUCAAGAGGCAGCUAAAUUAUUCUCUAAAGCCGAUGUAAAUGAAGAUGGUGUCAUCAACAAGGACGAUUUGCCUUUUGUUUUUACAUACUUUGAUAUGGACAGUGAUGGCCAUGUUAGUGUGAAUGAAUUUCUGACACAGUGGGGACAACUGAAAUUGGAAGCAGGCCUUGAAACAAUUGACAUCCAUCUUGAUAACAAUGUUACCACUCCUUCCAGUGGAUAAUAUACUGCAUACGGAUAAAAGCAC